AUGAAUCGCCGGCAAACCACAUGCGUUCUCCUGAUUCUAUGCGGGAUUCUGUGGAUUGAAAGGCACGUGAAAAUUGGCCCGUCCCCUGAUAACGUUGACAAGGAGAGAUUUCUCAAAAGGAUUUUGCCCUUUUACAGUAACAUUAAGUCGGACAGCAGACUUAGUCACCUGGAAGACGCAAAGUUUAAUGAACAAACAGGGGAACCCGUGGCUUACCUCCGAACAUUCGAAGAACCCUUUUUUCUCCCUGUGCCUAAACCUUGGUGUCUCUCUUCCAGUCAGAAUAAGUUGACAGUCACUUACAAGAGCCGAGAAAUUGAUACCAGCUGGCUUUCCAAGGACUUGAUCAAAACCGUUGUGGCUUGCUGUUUCGCAGACAAGGAUCCAGAUGCUCAAGCUCGCAUGAAACUCCGACACUCUCUGCGCCUGUUUAGAGAUUCUUUUGAAGAGGGUAACGUUACACUGAUAAUGACAUUUGGUUCGAUGCUGGGAUCAUUACGGUAUCAUCAAAGGAUGUUUUACGAUGUUGACUAUGACUUUAGCGUUGAUGAUCAGGAUAUGGAGCGUGCAAUUAGCAUUAUGGCCAAACUUUCGGCAAACUCGGCCACCGAGAUGCGUUUAAUUGACGCCCGAUUCUCCUCUGCGAAUCCGAAGUUUGGAUUUCUGUGUGGCAAUGACCCAGGUUGGAGACAGCGUGAAAAUCUUUGCAUUGAAAAAGAGGAGAGCUACGUGGUGUGCAACUCAUGGGCUGGUAUACUGUCAGUCCUCAGACCCUGUCUUUUCUACGUCGAUUUGUAUUGGAUGAGAAAGGAUAACAGCGGUAGCUUAAGUGUCAAUUCGGUAAAUACGAAGUUCGCUCUGGAAGAUGUACUGACUUCCGAUUACAGGCCACUGGACGGGACGCUCUUUCGAUCCGUGCGGAACUUCGAACGAUAUGCUGAAGCGAUCUAUGACUCAUCCAUUCAAAUGUGCGUACCCAAAACUGGCAAACUAGGUGCAAACGGAGAAUGGUUUAAGAUUACUGGAGACAGUAAUCCGGACUGUACAGACUUUGCGCUGCCCUGCGCAUACAUCGACAAGCUUCAUCCACGAACAUACAUGCUAACGAAUGGCGGAAACAGAAUUGAACUUGGAUUGCGCUGGCUGAAUUCCGGUGAAUGUGUCGCAUACUCCGUUUUUGUUAAAUUCACAUGA